AUGGCUGCCGACGUCCCUGCUCUUUCCGCCUCGCGCUAUCUCCGCUCGCCUUCCCUCUCCGAUCUCCCUGACAACGUCACCCCUCAACAGACGCAAACCCUGUCGCAACCAGACUCGCAGUCGCCGGAAUCGCCGGCACAGCUGCUCCAGCAGAACCACAAUGAGGCGAUGCGGGCGCGAUAUGGAAACGGCGGAGCGACCGACUGCGCGGAAGGCAAGAAGGCGGAGAACGAACGGGUCGGGCGCGCGGGGAACGGGGAGAACGGCCGUGCGGGGAGCCGCGGGGACGACGGCGACGCGUGGGAAGGUUUCCACGGCAGCCGCGGCUUGGAGCGCCGCGGCGCAACUGCGGAGAAUGCGGUAAUGCGCACCGGACAACCGCACGACUCCGCGACAGCGGCGGCUUCCACCGUCGUCGCUUCCGCCGGGUGCGCGGACAGCCAGGGGAGAAAGAGCGCUAGGCAGAAGAGCCCGCAGCAGCGCCUGCGCCUUGGUCACUCCUCUCCGCUGGUUCCGCCCACCUCCACCAGCAUCGGGAAACCCCCCGUCGCGCGCCCCACGCCCGGGCUUUCCCCCAAUGCAGGAAUCUCCCCCACCGCCCACGGGGUUAACGUUUCCGCUGCGAGUUCCGCCAGUUCCGCCGGCGGUACUGACAGCAGCGGCGGAUCCCCCCCGGGAGGCUCGGCAGCCCCCCGUGUAAUCCCCUCAAUUCCCGCGUCUCUCGCGAACUCCCCCGCGGCGCGGUUCGUGCAGCAAUCGCGGGCGAUGAUGCUGCUGCUGGAACGACAGUACGCUCUCGUCGUCGCCGUGAGUAGCGGCGCUGUUGCUGCGCUGGGCUGCUCCGCCGAUGAGCUGGCGACGGGCGGAACCACCAGCGGGGGAGGCGGCGGAGGCGGAGGAGGUGGCGGAGGCGGCGGAGGCGGAACGGGCGUGCGCGGAUGCUCCGUUGGGGAGAGCGGAGUUGACAGUACAAGCAGCGGCUACAACGAGAACGAGUGCAAUGGGGGAAGGGCGCGAGAGGGGGAGACGUGCGCGGAGCAGGAGGGUGAAGAAGCGGGGAAGGGGAGAACUAUUGGGGCGGCGGGAGGCGGGGGACCAAUGUCUUUAUUCCACUUGACGAGUGAUCUGACGAUGCGCAUGUGGCAGGAGGCCAUGGCGGACGUGUUUGGGACGGCGGGAGGCGGGGGGAAGGCCGGGAUCGGCGCUGCUGUGCUGCGGUAUCCUUUACCCAAUCUGUGCAUGCACCUCCUUGUGGCCUGGCCGCCACCCCAAACUAGCGGCCCCUUCCCAUCCCCCCCUUCUCCAUCCCUUCUUCCGCCUCCCCCUCAUCCCCUCGCACCCCCCCCCCCCCCCUUCACGCCCACCUCGCCUCCCCCCACCCACCCCCACUCCAGGUUCCGCGUGCGCGACUUUGGGAAGGGCGGGCAUCUGGCAGGCGUGGCAGUAGACCUAAUGGUGCAGCCAUGCCAGUUCGUGCCAGAAACCCGCGCUGUCAUCGCCACUCUCGCCAUCGUCAACAACCCCUCAGCUCCCACCACCACUGCUGGGGCCGCUGCUGCUGCCGCCGCCCCUGGUGCUUCGGCUGGUGGCCUGGCGCCGAGCCUGCAUGUGAACGUGGAGGAUGGUGGGGGGGAGCGAGAGGGGGGAGGGAGAGGAGGGCGGAGCGGCAGCAGGCCCAUGUCAAAGAAGCUUGUGAAUAAGAUCGCGGGGUUUCUGAGGCUCAAGGAGGAUGCUGCUGCUGACGGUAGCGCGGCUGGUGGUGGUGCUGCUGGUGGCGGCGCCAUGACUUCCCCCCUGGCCUUCUCUGCCCCGCUGCAAUCGCCCAAUGACACGAGCAACCAGCAGCAGCAGCAGCAGCAGCAGCAGCAGCAGCAGCAGCAGCAGCAGCAGCAGCAGCAGCAGCAGCAGGGAUGGAACGGUAUUACACAGAUGGCCCCGUCAAGCCCUGCCAUGUCCCUCCGCAAGGAGGAGGAGGAGGAGGAGGAGGAGGAGGAGGAGGAGGAGGAGGAGGAGGAGGAGGAGGAGGAGGAGGGGGUGGGGGAGGAGGAGGAGGGGGAGGAGGGAGGAGGAGGAGGAGGAGGAGGAGGAGGAGGAGGAGGAGGAGGAGGAGGAGGAGGAGGAGGAGGAGGAGGAGCAGCAGGAGGGGGAAAAGGAAUUCCCUCUGAGGAGUGUGGAGAUACGUGGAGGGCAGAGCUAGGGGAGAGGGCACUCAGAAGGGCAGUGACAGAUGGUACAGAGAUAGGGGCAGUCGUGGCCGGAGGUGAAUGGGGCACUGCAGCAAGGCUAGAGGGGAGCAAGCCCAGUGAAAGGGAGUGGCGGCCGUCAGAGGCGGUGGCUGCUGCCUCGUCUCGCAGCAAGAGCGGCGGGUUGAGUGAGCGGAGAGGAAUGGAUGGGCGACUGGGGAAGCUGACACUGGCAAUGCAAGCGGGUCCGGGUCCGCAUCAGGUGCAGACUCCUGGCCGGUUCUCACAUGGGAAAGGGACCAUGGGUGCUGCUGCCGGGGGAAUGGGACCAGCAUCAGCAAGAGCAGGAGCGGCGGGAGCGCUGUUCGUUUCUCCCCAGGGCGUGGGAGCAGGCGCCAGGCACAUCGAGCCUGGGCCCACGUCCCUUGCCCUUGCCAAGCCCUCGCCAGGCAACUCCGCUUCGCCAGCUGCUGCUGGCGCUGCUGCUGGUGCUGCUGCUGCUAUCGGCACGGGUCACAGCGGCCGGGCGCCGCUGCUGAGUCCGAGAGGCGGGCUGCUGGCUCUCAAGGCGUUGCUCAGUCCCAGGGACCGCUCCCGGGCCCUGGGGGAGGUGCUUCCUCACAGCCAGGGCGCAGCAGUGGCAGGGGCAGCAGGUGGAGACGGUGGUAUGAGCAGCGGUGCUGGGGCUGAGGCGGUAGCAGGGAGAGAAUCGGGAGGUGUGGUGAACGGUGUGCGGGUAGUGAGUGGUGGUGGAGCGAGGCAGGGAGUGGGUGGGAGGCUUGAGGUGGAUGGUGGAGGGAGCAGAGGGCCGCGAGGGGAAGAGAGUGCUGUGGUUGGAUCGGUGGCAGCAGCAGGUGGUGGCACAGGGGCAGAGCAUGGGACAGCUGCUGCAGCAGCAGCAUCCGCUGCGGCUAUAGCUGGAUCAAAUGUGUCAGGUGUAGGAGCAGCAAGUGGAGGAGGAGCAGCAGCAGCGGCACCAACAGCAGCGGCACCAACUGCAGCAGCACGGUUUGGUCGUGCUGUCUCUGCAAUGACGUCUGCUGUGCCUGCUCGCUCUCCCAGCCCUCUCAAGCCUGCUCGUGCCCCUGCCCCUGCUUCCAUUACUCCUGCUUCUGCUGCUGCUGCUGCUGCUGCUGCUGCUGCCACUUCCAGUGCUGCCAGUGCUGCUGUUGCUGGUGCUACUGGUGCAACAGCUGCCAUGGCUGCACGGGCAGGUGCAUCAAGAGCAAGGUCUUUCUUCCCCAAGUCCUCCAGCCUCACUGGCCGCGUUCCCACCCACACCACCUCGCCCAACCCCUCACCGUCCCCCCACCACCGCAUGUCUUCACGCGCAAUAGACGAGGAGAGGGACGCAGGGAGAGGCAGGGUGGGUGCCUCUAACAUGGAACGAGGAGGAAGAGCAGGACUCAGCGGCGAUGCUGCUGCUGCUGGUGGUGGUGCUGCCGGUGCUGCUGCUGCCACGGAUCCUUCCUCCAGCUUUCAGAAGUGCCCCACUCUUCCCUCUAGCCUGCGUCCUGCUGCGGCUGCUGCUGCGGGAGGUAGCGCAGGCAGCACUGCUGCUGCUGGAGGGGCUGCUUUCACAGUCUCAGUCGCCCCUCUCGCUCUUCCACCAGCCGCUUUCCCCUCCUCCUCCUCCUCGUCCUCCUCUGCUUUCGCCACCACGCCUCUCCACAACCCAAGCCCUUAUCCCCACACCCCAGCGCGCACCCCCACGGCCUCGCAAAGAGCAUUCUCCCUCACCUCCCCUCGCUUCCUCCGCUCGUUUACUGCAGACGCUUCAGAGCUUUCUGAGGCUUCCCGAAGGGCGUGGGGGCGAGAGGCACGGGGGGGCUGGGGCGGGAGGGAGGAGGAGAGUGGUGGGGACGGCAGGUGGGGGCAGCAGGAGGAAGCGUGGGAGGAGAACGAGGAGGGGUAUGGGGAAGGGGAUGGAGAUGGGGCCUAUGAUGCGGAGUUAGGGCAGGAGGAGGAGUGGCAGGAGCGGCAGCGGCGGCGGCAGGUGCAGUGGCAGCAGGAGCAGGAGGAGGGGCAGCGGGACGGGAUGGCCCGUGGGCGGAGUGGGCAGCGGGGGCGAGGGGAGGAGAGGUGGAAAAGAAUUGCCUCUAGUGGGAAGAGCAGCAGCAGGUGGCUAGGGUGGGGGAUGAAGUUUGGUCGGGACGACGGGGAGAGGUCACGGCGAGGAGGGAGAGAGGGGAGGGAGGGAUUGGGGAGGGGAGAUGUCGGGGGGGAGGGAGACACGGGGCAUGGUGGUGGGGCGUGGGGAUCAGGUGGGGCCGGAGGGGGCGGAGGGGGGAGGCGGAGCAGCGGCUUAGUGUUUGGCCUAGGAGCAGCACUAGGAGGCGGAGCGAGCAGUAGGCGCGUGGUGGGUCGGUCCACGUCCAGUGGACCAGGCGGCAUGGUGGGCGCAGCAGGUGCAUCUGAGGAAGGAUUUAUCUGGGAACGCACUGCUACUCUGCACAUGAAAUCCUCUGCGGGGGACCUGGAGGGGUCUGGGGGGAGGGUGGUGGCGCAUGAGGCGCAUGGCAGGGCGGGUAGCUGGGGCAGUGGGGGGGAGUGGCGGAGGGAGAGGGAGUCGGGGGAGAGGGGUGCUGCGUGGGUGAUGGAGGGGAGUGGGUAUCGGCUGGUGGAUGGGGUGGGUGGGCGUGGGGGUGUGUGGGAUGGGACGGGUGGGGGAGGAGAGGGUGUGUCUGUUGGUGGGGGUUGGGACGGGGGAGGAGAGGUGGGUGGAGAGAGUGGGGGGAGAGGAGGGGGGGUGUUUGGGUGGAGAACGGGGAGUGUGCGCGGGGGGAAGGGGAGAGGAGGAGAGGGGUCUAGGACCCCGCCGAAUGGAUGGGUAGGCAGAGGGAAAGCGGGAGGAGGAGGCGGGGGAGGGGGAGGGGGAGGUGGCCUGGUAGCGCCUCUGUCCAAAGCAAUAAAGGGGAAGGGGAAGGGCAAGGAGAAGGAGAAGGGGAAGGAGAAGGAGCAGAGUGAGAAGCAGAGGGAGAUAUUAGCGAGUGAGCUGAUGUGGCUGGACUCUCAGAUGGUUCAGAUGGAGCAGCAACUCAACCGCCUCAUCCUGCCCUCCCAUGGACAGCUGCUGCCGGGGCAUGAGCAAGUGCUGGGGCAUGGUCAACUGGUGGAAGGUGAGGAGACAGAGCAUUCGGAUGGUGGGGAGAAGGAGGGUGGGGUGGACGACGGAGAGGAGGAAAGGGGAGGGGAAGGGGACGGAAUAGGGGAACGGGAGGGAGGGUGCAUUGGAGAGGAGAGCAGGCGGAGACCCAGGCCUGGGCAUGGUCAUGGGCUGAGGAAAUUGCCAGAGGGAGAUGGGAAGCAAGAGGGGGUUGGUGAUAGGGUACGUGGUGUGGGAACGGGAGGUGGGGUUGAAAGCGGGGGCCUAGGGAAGGACGAUGGGAGGAGUUUUGGGAGGGAUGGGGGUGGUAGUGAGAGGGGCGAUGAGGGCUAUGAUUCGGUUCAAAACGUUGAGGGGGCUGGGGGAGUUGCUGAAGGGGAAGAGGGGGAGGAGCGUGGAGAGGAAGAGGGGUAUUUAGAGAGGGAAGGUGAAUUGGAAGAGUCGUGGAGAGAGGGUGGGGAGGAGAGGAUGGAGGGCGAGGAGGGGGCUUGGAGUGUGGUGGAUUGUUGGGAUGGGGAGGAGGAGAGGGAACGGGAGGGAGUGAGAGGGGGCGAGGAGGUGGAGGAUGGAAGAGAAGAUCAAGGAGAGGAUGAAAGAGAGGAUGAGGAAUGGUGCUCUGAGAAAUGGAGUGAGGUGCCAGAUAGAGGGGAUGGGAGUGAGGUUGAUGCAGUGGAUGGGGAUAGGGUGGACCCAACUCAAGAGGAAGAGGUGGGUGGGGAGAGAGGAGCGGAGGGAGAAGGGGAAGGGGAGACGGGAGUGAAGGAGAAGGAGGAGGGAAGGAGGAAGGAGAGAGUAAGUGAGGAGGAGGAGGUUGGGAGCACAGCAGAGGGAGCAACUGAGAUGGAAGGUGCGGAGAUGAAGGGAAGGGACGGUGCAGAGUUGGAGCAGGGUGCGGAAGAGGAAGGGGAUGGGGUGGGAGGACACAAACGCAUGGAUUCAUGUGGAGAGGAAGGGGAGGGUGGUGCUGAGCCGUCUGAUAAAGGACCAGAUGGAAGGGGGAAGGAAGUGUUGCAGCCAGAGAGCAUGCGAGGAGAGGAACAGGAGAGCCGAGACGGGAGUGGCAUGGGGUUGCAUACAGAUGCAGGUGAUAGCAGCAAUCCGUGUGAGAGUUGUGUGGAGUAUGAGGAGGGUCGGAAGCAAUAUGCAGGUGUUAUGGCAACCUCUUCCCCCAUCGCCAGCAGCAGCACCACUGGUGCCGCCAGUGCACUUAUUGACUACAACCCUUCUCACCUGCUCUGUACCUCCUCCUCCUCCUCCUCCACCGCUGUUCAAGUCUCUUGUCUCCCUCGGGUUUGCCCAUCCUCCUUGGCCGCAUCCCCUGCUGCUGCCUGCCUGCCCUCUUUCCACAGCUCAGCACAAUGGGUCAGCCAUGUGUUGGACCAUGCGAGUGUGGGCUUUGCCCUCGUGGACCCCUCCUCCUCGAGCCUCGUCGCCUGCAACGCCGCACUCGCCUCCCUCCUCGCCGCCCCCCCCUCGCUCCUUGCACCCGGCCUUUUGCUGCUCCCUGCCCUGCCGCACCACCACAGAGCGCCUUUCCAUGUGGGCAGAUGGGGGGUUGGUGGUGCAGUGGUGAUGGGUUGGUGA